GUGCUCAUAACGCUCAUUACACUCUCUCCUCUUCUCCGAGAGGAUUAUAGAACAGUUCUCCUCUCUCUCUCUCUGUGCUGUGACUCAGUGAAUCGAUGUGGCUGGUGAAUGCCCUAUCCCUAGCUGCGAUGACGACGGAAGGCUUCGCGUUCCAAGCGGACGAUAUCAGCUUCGGAUCGCCGCGGUGGUUCGUCUACGCUGGAAUCUCGUGCGCGCUCGUGCUCUUUGCUGGGAUUAUGUCCGGUCUCACCUUAGGGUUGAUGUCUCUUGGGCUCGUUGAGCUCGAGAUUCUGCAAAGAAGCGGUACCUCGGAGGAGAAAAAGCAGGCAGCUGCUAUUCUACCAGUUGUCCAAAAGCAACACCAGCUUCUCGUGACUUUGCUUUUAUGUAAUGCUUGUGCCAUGGAGGCACUUCCAAUAUACCUCGAUAAAAUAUUUCAUCCCCUUGUUGCUAUUUCGCUGUCAGUGACAUUUGUUCUAACUUUUGGGGAGAUUAUUCCACAAGCAGUAUGCUCAAGAUAUGGACUGUUGGUGGGUGCAAAUUUUGUGUGGCUUGUACGCAUUUUGAUGAUCCUUUGCUACCCAAUUGCUUACCCUAUUGGAAAGCUGCUAGAUGCUGCACUCGGGCAUUACGAUGCUUUGUUUAGGCGAGCUCAGUUGAAAGUCCUUGUGUCUAUCCAUGGCCAAGAGGCUGGUAAGGGGGGUGAGCUCUCACAUGAUGAGACCACAAUUAUCAGUGGAGCGCUAGAUUUAACUGAGAAGACUGCAGAGGAGGCUAUGACACCUAUUGAAUCAACAUUUUCAUUGGAUGUCAAUUCAAAAUUGGACUGGGAAGCAAUUGGCAAAAUUCUUGCUAGAGGUCAUAGUCGUGUUCCAGUUUAUUCUGAGAACCCAAAAAACAUUAUUGGACUCUUAUUGGUGAAAAGCCUUCUCACUGUAAGAGCUGAAACAGAGACUCCAGUCAGUGCUGUUUCCAUUCGAAGAAUUCCUAGGGUUCCUGCUGAUAUGCCUCUGUAUGACAUUCUCAACAAGUUUCAAGAGGGUAGCAGUCACAUGGCGGCUGUAGUGAGGGUUAAAAGAAAAUGCCAGAACUCCCCCCCAAAUGGUGAUAUGGAGAAGAUUGAAGAAAACAAAGUUGCCAAUGGAAAUUGUCAAUUGACAAUCCCCUUGCUACCCAAGCAUGGUGAUAAAUUAGAAAGUGUUGUCAGUAUUGAGAAGGCUUCAAGGCCUACCAGUGUAAACAAACAGACUGCUAAAGAACAAAAUGGUGUCACGACAAAUGUUUUCCCAAAUUUGUCUGAGGAUAUUGAAGAUGGUGAAGUCAUUGGCAUCAUCACCCUAGAGGAUGUAUUUGAAGAACUACUUCAAGAGGAAAUUGUAGAUGAGACAGAUGAAUAUGUUGAUGUACAUAAAAGAAUACGUGUGGCUGCUGCAGCAGCUGCUUCAUCUGUAGCCCGGGCUCCUUCAACUCGGAGGUUGCUUAGCCAAAAGCCUGCAGGAAACCCACAAAGUCGGUGCAAACCCCAAAGAAGUCUACAGGACAGUCGACAAAUGAUCAAGAUUGAAGAGGAUUCCAAAGGAACUCUUUAAGAAUGCAAUAGAUGAGUAAGAUCUUGGUUUCAAUUGGGUAAAAUUAGCUGUAAAUUCCUCUUUCCCAUGGGUGGUUGUGUGUUCUAUGUUAAUUUUUAGCAAUUUUCUUGGAAAUGUAUGUGCAUUUUCUUGGAAAUGUUUGUACAUCCUAUGCGAGUAAGUUGUUAGUUCUAGGUCUUCUCCACUUGUCCAUUUUUUUUUUUUUUCAAUUUUUUAGGAGGACAAAUUUUCCACGAUCUUUCGAAAUUGAAAUUACUUCUAAUACAGAAUUUUGUUUGGGAAGAAAA